GAUUCCACGAAGAAGCAGCCAUUCAUAAAGCGUUAUGUCAUCUGCUCUUUUGCUGCAUCGACAGUAACGUUCAGUACACAUCCAGUAGCAUGUUGGGCGCAGUGGUGGUUGGCAUCGGAACCGCUGGGUGGGUCCGGAUCAGGGACAUGUUGGCGCCCCUUCCUGGCAGCUCUGCGGAGAAACUGACUGUCAAAGGGUUCAUAUCAAGGAGGCGACUGGACAGCCAACAAGGAGUUAGUCAGAUCUCAACGGAGGAGGCGCUGAGUCGAGACGACGUUCAUGCAGCUUUUAUCUGCACAGAAAACGUGACCCACGAGGAGAACGUCAGAAGGUUUCUGGAGGCAGGGAAGCACGUAUGUGUGGAGUAUCCCAUGACCCUCAACUACAAAGCUGCGGAGGAGCUGUGGUCCCUUGCUGAGGACAGAGGUUUGAUUCUCCACGAGGAGCACAUUGAGCUGCUGACAGAAGACUACAAGCUGCUCAAGAAAGAAGUGAAGGGGAAGCUCCUGCAGGAAGGAACACUUCAUUUCACCGGUGGCCCUCUGAAGCCUGGAUUUGGUUUCCUAGCGUUCAGUGGAAUCGCCCGCCUCACCUGGUUAGUGGAUUUGUUCGGUGAACUCACGGUCACCGCAGCAACAAUGGUGGAGAACUCUGACAACAACUAUAGCAAGAUGACAGCCAAACUGCUCACAGCUGACAGCAGACCACUGACGUGGAUUGAGGAGCGUGGCCCGGAUCUCCCCAGGACAAAAAACAUCAAUUUUCGUUUUGACUCCUGUGUUCUGACUCAAUUGCCUCCAGCUCCGAGAGGGACCGUGGGCCUCUUCAUGCAGGACCUGGUCCACUUCUGCAACAAGUUGUUGGGCCAAGUGAGUCCAGAGGAGCUUCAGAGAGAGAGAAGACGGGUGCUGCACUGCCUGUCGCUGGCUCAGAGGAUACAGGACGUCUGUCAGAGAUAAAGAGACCAGUCUUCAUGUGGAGCUUCUUCAUACUUGAAUUACGACCAUGCCUUUAUGUUCCGCCACAUCAUUGUUUGGUCAGUUUAUCCGCAAGUGCUGGGUCUGGAGUCAGGGACUGGAGUGUUUAUUAUAAGUGCUUUUCAUCCUUGUUUUUUCAUUUCGGCAUCUUUGUUUGAUGAGCUGUCAGUCAUAUAUGUGUGCAACUAAAUUUCAGGUGGUCUGGCAGUUUAUUUCCCAAAGAAAGUGCAAUAAAAACAAACAAAUUGG